AUGGAAGGUGCUAGUGACAUAGGGGACAACCUCGUAGCCACCGGAUGUCUGGCAACCCUAUGCCUAUACACUAUAACAACAUUUCCCCAGAAAUCUGUCAUUAAUGGACACGAGCCCAGUGUUCAAAAGUUCUUGGAAAUUUGCCUUUGGGGAUUUUUUGACUCUUUCUCUUCCAAAGGAGGCCUUCACAAUCCUGCAGGGAUUCAGAGCCCACCUCGCAUGUACCUCACCCUUGCUCUAUCAAAGCCCGCCAACUCUGUGGACCAAGUUAGGAACACAACUGGCAUGGACAAGGGGAGUUCCCCCUCUUAUGGUUACGAACCUAUGGGCAGAUGGCUUCACCACCAGAUCAUCCCCGUGCUGUCUCCACAAACCCCGACUCACGCGCUGCAGUCCCACCACCACAUCCCCGUCAUGGCCACCCAACAACCGAUGCAGCCCCCGCAGCCGAUGAUGCCGAUGCCAGGCCAGCACUCCGUGACCCCAACACAGCACCAUCAGUCAAACCUCCCUCAGCCAGGCCAGCAACCCUUUCAGCCCCAGUUUCCCCAGAAGCCAACUCAUCGGCCAAUCCAGCCCCAGGCCCCGGUCCACCCCAUGCCACCGAUGCCACAGCCGCAGCUGCCUCCGAUGUUCCCCUUGCAGCCUCUGCCCCCGCUGCUGCCAGACCUGCCCCUGGAGCCAUGGCCGGCAACUGACAAGACCAAGCGAGAGGAAGUGAACCUGAAAACUUUAACCCACCGGAACUAA